AUCCUUUCAACUUUUGUUUCUGUAACUCCCUCCCCACCAUUUUCUCACCCUAUCAUUUAAUUCUUUAUUACAUAUCCAAUUUCCCCCUUCUUUUUUUUUUCGUUUUCAUUUUUUCUGUGAAUUAUAUUUUCUCCAAUUUAUUCGCCCUCAAUUUCCACUAUUAAUUCGUUAAUUGCAGGGUUUGUGUAUCUAUCUAUAUAUAUAGAAUUGUGAGGUGGUAAGGGUUCGUAGAGUAUUGGUGGAUCGAAAAUUUUCGAGCUUUUUUUAAUGAAUAGGUGAUGGAAUCUGAUCAGAGUGAGCAGCAGCCGGCGGUUGCUGUAGUAAAAUGGUGUGAUUGUGGAUGUGAUUGUUGUGAUUCUGCUAAAAUGAGUGGUGAUUAUAAGGCAUGGAUUCGAACGGUGAAACGGAAGCUAGACGAGAGAGAUGAAGAAGAUGUGUUGUUUAUACCUGGUCUAUCGGAUCGUGAUGUGGCUCGUGUUGAUAUUGGGAAUGAGUGUGCUGCGUUACGAGAGAUGGUUAAUAGUCAACAGGAAACGAUUCAGGAUUUGUCGAUUGAGUUGGAUGAAGAGAGAAAUGCUGCUUCGUCUGCAGCUAAUGAAGCUAUGUCGAUGAUUUUGAGGUUGCAGAGUGAGAAAGCGGAGGUGCAGAUGGAAGCUAGGCAGUUUAAGAGGUUUUCGGAGGAGAAGAUGGCUCAUGAUCAGCAAGAGAUCAUGAUGUUGGAGGAUUUUUUGUAUAAAAGAGAACAGACGAUUGAAGCUUUGACUUGUGAAGUUCACGCAUAUAAACACAGGAUGUUGAGUUAUGGUCUCACGGAGUCUGAAGCUGAUGGGGAGAAUGAUGGAUUGACUUGGGAUAAUAGUGAUAGCCGAGUUGAUUUCCCUGCAUACGAUUAUCCUCCUUUAAAAUGCAAUUUGAUUGAAAACCAUGUUGAUCCCGAACUUGAUAAUGAAACAGUUGAUAUAGAGCAGUAUGCAUAUGGUGAAUCCCCGCGUACUUUAAAAGAUAUAGAAGAAAGAAUCAAUGAGUUGGAGAAUAGUCCUAAACAUAGUCCAGUGCAUGAGAAAGUCAUCAUUGGUCAUUCUGAUAGUAGUGACUCUUUCAUUGAAACUAAAGAAGAUGUGGCGUCUGAUUACCCUAAUCUGAAAAAGGUGGACAGUGCAUUCGAAUUUGGAGAUAGUAUGAGUGACAGGAUAUAUACCGUUGAUUCUAUUCAUAGUAUGAAAUCUAUUGAUAAUGAUCCCAAGGUUAGUCCUGGUUUAUAUAACGAUCUUAAUGGUAACGGACAUGAUAUCGGGGGUGCAGAGGUAAAGAAGCUAUAUGCAAGGCUUCAUGCAUUAGAGGCCGACAGGGAAUCCAUGAAGCAGGCCCUUAUCUCCAUGAGGACUGAUAAAGCACAAUUGGUAUUGUUGAAGGAAAUAGCGCAGCAUUUGUACAAGGAUAUGUCGCCACCAAGCAGGACGCCUGUUAAGAAGUCACCUGCAUUUUGGAGCUUCCCUUUUUUCGUACUUUUUAAGUGGAUUGCUUCAUUUCUUUUUUGGAGAAGGAGAGCACGUCAGCCCAAAUAUGCAUUUGGAAUGUCACCUAGUAAUGUGGGAUUGCGGAUGCUGUUAAACAAAGGACCUCAGAUAGGUCAAUGGAGGUGUCUUUCAAGAACAAGAUCCUUUAAAUGUUGAUCUCGGACAGUUCAAAUCAAUGAGUUGGUUUGAACUUCUACGUGACACUUAUGCUUUUCUGGAUUGUUCUAAAUAAUUUUUCUGGGAUUUCUUGUCAAUAGUCAGGGGUGUCUACAGUGUUGUAGUUUUUGAACUGGUUGAUUAGCGUUGAAGAAAAUGUGGAUAUACAUAUAGUCGUAGGUGAUUGCCGGCUUGUAAGGCUCUCUUGAAUAUAGUUCAUUACAUGAACAUGAUGUGGAAUUCGGCUUGUGCAUUUCUUAUUGUUUGUAAAAUACAAAUACAAUAUGUUUGAUAUUA